UCCAGACAAACUCAAUUCUCACACCAUCAUCCAAUCCAAGGCAGGAUGACAGGUGUACAAUCCUGCGUGAAAGUGGACAUCCAUAUACAUAUACUCUUGUCCUUUCUGCUCUUGUGUUACGGAGGAAUUGCCAACUUUCAUUGCUCGAGAGUUCAUAAUGAGAGCAUCCAAGAUCUUCACUCGCUGCUCCAUUUCAAGCAGGGUGUCACGAGCGAUCCAAAUGGAGCCUUGAGCAACUGGUACACGAGCUCCCACUUCUGCCAGUGGAAUGGUGUCAUAUGCACCUCGAGGUCACCAUUAGGCGUCAUAGAACUCUACCUCUCCAAUCAAAAUCUGUCAGGCCAAAUCAGUUCUUCCCUUGACAACCUUACUUUCCUUGAGGAUCUUGACCUCUCUAAAAAUAAUUUUAUUGGUCCCUUUCCUCUCCGUGGCUGCCUACAACAUCUUCAGUUCCUUUACUUGUACGAGAACAAUAUGUCCGGAACCAUUCCAGAUGCACUUACUAAUUACUCCAGCUUGAGCAUUUUAUAUUUAACUUCAAACUCGCUAGUGGGUUCAAUCACUCCAAAAUUAGGCCUACUAUCAAAUCUAGAAUGCCUCCGUUUGGAUUCAAAUCAACUUGAGCUAAGAAUUCCUAAUGAGCUCGGCAAAUUGGUGAAUUUAGAAGUCUUUGACCUAAGCCACAAUAGGUUUUCAGGUGAAAUUCCACAAACCAUAUUUAGUGUAUCUUAUCUUUUAGCACUUUGGUUGGGUGGAAACAUCUUAUCAGGACAAACUCCACGGGGAAUAGGGAAUCUUACCUUAACUGAUUUGAAUUUAAGUGAAAACAACUUUAGGGGUGCGAUUGAAGGAUUGUUCGACAACCUAACUCAGUUGGAAUACCUCCGCUUACACGGAAGUGAACUAGAGGGUCCCAUACCAGCCAGCUUGGGAAACCUUCUGAACACGAGACAGCUGUACCUUGACAAUAACAAUUUUCAAGGUUCUAUGCCGUAGAACAUUGAAAUCCUUCAACAUUGCAACUUUAGACAAAAAUAUUGACUUCCUUUUGUAUUUGAUUAUGCCACCAGGUGCUCGACUAGUUGGUCAAGCCAAUGAAGGGCGUCCCCUGUGACUAGGGUUCAAAGGCCAGGAAUGGCGAACAC